AUGGGCGACACGCCGGCGGCGGUCUCGAGCGCGGCAAGGGCGAAGGAAACACAAAGAACAGCUUCGCCGGCGAAGAAGGAUCCGGCGCCGGGCAGGUCGUCGAAGCACGCAAAAAGGGCGCACCAGUGUUUGGGAGUGCUCUCUCUGGCUCUCGCGUCGAAGGCGAUACACCUGAUGAGCUCUCUGAUGGAGGAUCUGUCUGUGGAGUGCUUUGCGACGGAGGAGGAGGCCAGCCUGCCGGCGGCGGAGCUGGGCAGGGUGGUGGAUACCUACACAGCGUGGCAGCGCAUACGGCUGCUGCGCAAUGACGUCCACAUGACCAACCUGCUCUUCUCACUGUUCACGACCGCCUACAGGAAGGCUUGCAUGCUGAAGAAACAACACAAAGGCAGCGAUGAGAUAGAGACUGCGAGCACUUCAGAUUCAAACACGUUCUACGAAGAUGAUUUCAGUAGUUCAGAGGGUAGCAGCGCAGAAGAAGAUGAGGAUAGCGAACCGAUAUUCGGCCACUGGUUUGAGGAGACUGUUUCGCAGCAUGGCCGGGAGCCCACUGCUCCCGCCAUCCCUCCUCCACCGAGCACGGAGGGUGGCAAGUCUAACAAGCAGCGUGGAGACUCACCGAUCGUGCUCAUCGACUUUGACAGAAGGGAACCGGAAGGGUAUAUGACGUUAGCAACCGAUGUUAUGCUGUUUAUGAAUCAGCAUUUCCUGAACUCGAAUCAUUCUGAGAUACAGGAAUAUGUCAGGACAUCAUUUGGAGAGCCCCACAUGGCCAGCUUAGCCUGUGUGAUCCGAGAUCUGGACAGGGAUACAAACAGAGAGAGCUCGAACGCGUGCCACGUUUGUGAAGACUUCAGCAGUGCACUUGCAAAGUUCAACCACAACCUCAUCGCAACGGGCCUGCUAACCGAAGCGCACCAGGACGUGCUGCUCACGCAGCUGGGAGUGAGCCUGAUGUCGAAGGCAGACUGGCCCCUGCAGGUGUUCCCACGCACGCUCGCCGUUCUCGCUCAGGUGCUCAUACUGUGGCAGCAGAGAGAUCGCGAUCAGCUGAAGUGGGACAGCGAGGUGGUGAUUGUCAACAUCUUGGAGCGAUUCCUCGACGCGCUGCGGUGCGGCGCGCUCAAUCAGGACGCACUGCAGGUGGAGGACAUGGAAGACGUGAACGUGGAGCAUCUCCAGCUGCUGCUCUUCUUCUUCCACACGCUGCCUCGCAUGCAGAAGAAAAUGAUCGUUAUCAAGUGUGGACACCUGAUGGUUGAAUUCGGAGAGCUAGACAAAAGCUUCCUGGAGGGGAGUGUGCAUCCUCACAUCACUCGAUUCGUCCUGCUGUUUGAAUACCUGCUGCACAACUUCUACGCCGCACCUCUGGCCCUUACCGAACAGGUGCAGUGGAAUCUGUUCACGUACCAGACGAGCGGUCAGCUGAUGUCGACGGCGGCCGAGGCGGAGAACGUGCUCGCGCAGGCUAAGAUCAAGCUGCAUUUCCCCUGCAAGGAAGUGGAGGACAGCUACAGGAAGAACAUAUCGUGUUGCGACGGACCCGGUGCAGCGAUGAAGCCCAGGUUUUAUCAUAUUUGUUCUACCGACUUCAACAUGCAUAAAACCCCUCACAUAGACGGACUGGGAGCGACGACGCUCAUGUCCGGCAAGGACCAGCUCGACUACAACCGCUUCUACGAAGCCUGCAUGACGAUGCUGAACGUGGGCGUAAACUACGGCAGCAAGCAGCAGCAGCAGCAGCAGCAGCAGCAGCAGCAGCAGCAGCAGCAGGCGGGGGAGACGACGACGACGACGACGACGACGACGACGACGACGAGUGGCAAGCCCUCGCUGCUGGGUGCCUGCUUCCUGCAGUAUCACUUCAUGACAGCGUGGCGUCUCAUGGCCUGCCUGCCACCGUCCAUCAAGUACAUCGAGAGCCUCAAUACGGACAGCCUUCCGAGCGACGGAGCGCACCUGUUAAACCUGCUACGCUGGGCACCAAGGCUCGCCCAUAGAGCAUUCAACACGUGGACCAAGGAUUACCUCGUGAAGCAAGGUCUCACAAACACCGAUGCUGAGCUUCUGGUUCAGAACUCCAGCAAGGCUUGCAAUAGUGUCAGCUUCGAUAUCAAACUCACAGAGAUGUUUGUCGCGAAACAGCUGUCGUUGUUUCCCGGUUGCCAUGCCAACACCAUCGUCGCCCCGGAGCGUCUGCCUAGUCUGAUGGAUGUCUAUCUGCUGGACGCCGUCAUCGCCAAAGUACACGUCUCGCUUGACGACAGCUUCUCAAAACCCGCGCCUGACAGCGAUCCUCAGAACGUGGUGGAGGCAGCACAAAGGCUGCUGCCUCCUAUAUUCACUCUCAUCGACACCUACCGAGCAUUCAUCAGGUCUAGCCUGCUGCAGCAGCCUCCGUCGCAGGGCGCCGCGGCGACGGCAGCGUCUAGCCUGCUGCAGCAGCCUCCGUCGCAGGGCGCCGCGGCGACGGCAGCGUCUAGCCUGCUGCAGCAGCCUCCGUCGCAGGGCGCCGCGGCGACGGCAGCGUACGGCGUCGCGCUGAGCAUCGCUCGCACGCGCGUCGCCGUCAAGCUGUCCGACCUCAACAUGGGCAUCGUCGGAUACUUCCCGCAGUCGCUGCGAAACACGCUCGACAAGUGGAAGGGCAGCGGCUCGUCCGAUUUCCCAGCGAUCGGCGCCUGGAAGAACGCGUUUGCGAACGACAACCUGCCGUCUGUGAGCUACGCGUCGGCGAUCACCACCGCGCACAUCGCCACCGUGUCCGGCCAGCCCCUGUUCUGCUGUGGGGCGUCCCUCAAGCACGCGCUGCACGCUCUCGUCUGCCUGUGCAGCGACCUCACGACAUAA